GCGAGCGCAUAACCGGUAAUGGCGUCAAGCGUGAGCCAAAGGGACGUCCCUUACUUGUUCUAACGUUAUCUACACACCUCCGAUUCGUAGACCGUUAGAAAUACUACAACUUGACAAUUGGGGGAGAGGCGAUUAUAGAUACAAUCGUGUGAACGAAGAGCUUACGUGUUAGUGUUUACGGAAAUGACGAAAAAAUAAAAAAGGGCAAUAUCGCGAAGUCCGUUUUUUUGGUGCAUCGUACAAACCUACGGGGUUAUAAAUCGCGCCAAACCCUCGAUCGCGCUAAUAUUUACUAAUUUUUUUACGUAGUUUGUGCCAGAGGGUUGAUAACCCACCGAGUCUCUUAAUACAUAUGCCAAAGGGAAAUAAAAGUUGUAGCGAAAUUACCAAUCUGGCCAGCAGUUUGCUACAAACAUCGCGAGCUAAAGAUACCGUGGAUUGACAAUUUCGCAACGCUCGGACACUCAUAUUUUCAUCUAUAAUAGCAGAUAUUAUAAAAUGGAAAAGGAAUAAAUCAUCCCGUUGAAUGCACGCAUCGUAGUAAAAAUGUAUUUUUCUCUUGGAUCGUUAUUAAUACGUUUUUCAAACUUUUGAGAUUAAGCAAAAGACGGGAAUUCAAAUACCCGUUAACCAUAAGAAAAGAAGUUAAUUUUCCAAAAUGUCGGCUAAUACUCAAUUUGCGAAUCCUCCGCCGGCAAUAAGCCUGCCAAAUAUGUCGGUACCACCACCGGUAACUCCAAAUUUAUCUGCACCGCCACCAAAUUUAACAACCAUCAAUACCUCACCAAAUUAUCAGCAUCGAUAUUCGAAUCACCGAGAUGGCGGCGCGAGAGGGUUUUUCAAACCCUUUAGGCCCUAUCACGCACCUAAAAUUAUUGCCGGUGGUCAAGACGCUCUGCAAGAUGAAUUUGAUGGAAAAAGACUCAGGAAAUCUGUAAUGAGGAAAACUGUUGACUACAACUCAGCAAUAAUCAAGAGUCUUGAGAAUCGUGUUUGGCAACGAGACUACAGAGACAGAAGAGCGCUGCAACCAGACGUGAUAUAUUAUCCAGAUCUAUUGCCACCACCGAGUUACGUUGAUAAUCCUAUAAAUGCUGUGACAACGAGAUUCGUUAAAACAGCUACGAACAAAAUGAGAUGUCCAAUUUUUUGCAUGGCUUGGACACCCGAGGGUAGGCGUCUUGUGACAGGCGCAUCGAGUGGCGAAUUUACCCUGUGGAAUGGUUUAACGUUUAACUUUGAAACUAUUUUGCAGGCGCACGACAGCCCGGUUAGAACGAUGGUCUGGUCACACAACGAGAGCUGGAUGGUUACCGGAGAUCACGCCGGUUACGUGAAAUAUUGGCAGAGCAACAUGAACAACGUCAAGAUGUUUCAGGCGCACAAAGAAGCGAUUAGAGGACUCAGUUUCAGCCCUACGGACCACAAGUUGGCGACCUGUAGCGACGAUGGAACCGUGAGAAUCUGGGACUUUUUACGCUGCCACGAGGAACGAAUUCUCAGGGGUCACGGGGCUGACGUCAAAUGUGUGCACUGGCAUCCACAAAAGAGUCUUGUUAUCUCAGGAAGUAAGGAUAACCAGCAGCCUGUCAAACUUUGGGAUCCAAAAAGUGGACAAUCGUUGGCGACUUUGCACGCACACAAAAGUACCGUCAUGGAUGUUAAAUGGAAUGAGAACGGCAAUUGGUUGGUAACAGCAUCCAGAGAUCAUCUGCUCAAAUUAUUCGAUUUGAGAAACUUGAGUCAGGAGGUACAGACCUUUAGAGGUCAUAAGAAAGAGGCUUCGAGUGUAGCAUGGCAUCCGAGCCACGAAGGCCUAUUUUGCAGCGGUGGCAGUGACGGUGCCAUACUUUUUUGGCACGUUGGAGCUGACAAGGAAGUUGGAGCGAUUGAACAAGCUCACGACAGUAUCGUAUGGACAUUAGCGUGGCAUCCCCUGGGCCACAUAUUGUGCUCGGGAAGCAACGAUCACACUUCAAAAUUCUGGACUCGCAAUAGACCAGGAGACCUCAUGCGAGAUAAGUACAAUCUUAACACACUUCCAGCUGGAGCAGCGGGUAUCGACGACCACGAGAUUGCUGACGAAGCUGCAGUUAUUCCGGGAAUGGGGCCGGAGGAUCGUAUCAAUGCUGAUGGAGAGCCCGAGGAAACGGUUAUCGCCAGUAUACCAGGAUUGGAUCUCGAUCAUGUCGUCGAUGAGGGUAAAAAGUUCGCCAACAAAAAAGUACCAUACAGCAAACCCAUACCUCGUAACUUCCAAGCUCAAUGGAACGAAAUGGAUGCCGAAGAGGGCGAACAGGCUGAGGCUCUGAACGCCUUUGUUAAUCAAUUAAUCGAAACCACUCCCGGGGCAGUGCCGCUUAACGAAGUUACACCAAAUGCUAUUAUUCUUUAUGGAAAAAUGAUCACCGUUGAACCGGGCUCGAAAUUGGCAGACGCAAUCUUGAAGGGUAACGAUGCGAUAAAUAAGCUCGUUUAUGCGGGAGAAAUUGAAGAGCUUCGAGACAUUGCGACGACGGUACCCCUGGUCGAGGACGUCGAAGAGCCCGAGGAAUAUCUGCAGGACGAGGGCGACAUAGAUUAUGCUAAAGUGCCAGAGAUCGAAUUACCACCGCCUCUGCCAAGCUCGAAAUUUGCUCAAAAUCCAGAAUUAUUAAAAACUUUGAAUCGAGGUGGAAAACGAAAAUUCGAUCAAUUGAUCGGUUGGAGCGACGGUGGUGCGAAUGAGCGUACCUCGAAAAUUCAUCAGCCGGUAUUUGGAGGUUCGAUGACGGAAGAUUCGCAAUCCAGCGACACGGAUCUUCGGUAUGGCAGAGAACACGUGAAUUCACCGUUCAUGAUGAAUCAGGACGAUGACAUGAGAAGAAUUAUGAAUCACGAGAACCGUGUCGGACACGGGCGCGGCGAUGAGGAUUUACGAUUCAAUAUGUCCGGCGGCCCGGGUAGGCCGCUGAACGAGUUCGACAUGAGAAACAAUUAUCCCGAUAAAGAUUUUCGGCACACCGGUUUCGGCCAGAAAUCUUCGAUCGACGGGACCGGCGAUCAUUACAGCGAGCGUGAUCGCGAGCGUGAUCGUGAUCGUGACCGUGAGCGAGAUGGUCGUUCGCGCUGGGACGAUGAUAGCAUGAUGGCCAGCGGUGGUAGCGGUGAUGGUCCUGCGCGCAACAACUUUGACAAGAGAGAUAUGUUAGCUUUAGGUAUAAGUAACAACGUCAGUCACGGUGGUAGUGCGAUGUCCAGCGGAACUAUGCCCAAUCACCACAACAUGCAAAAUAUCAAUCCAAAUAUGCCACCUCCGAUGCCAUCCAUGGUACCUCAUCCCGGUAUGAGCGGGCAUCCGGGUAUGCUGUCGAAGAAUAAUUCAGGAAUGAUGGCUGGUAUGAUGGACGGUCCGCUUCCCCACAUGAUGCACCAUCCGAAUUUGGGCCCGCCGAAUUUCGGCCCGAACGGUCCACCACCCUCGAACUCCGGGCCAAACUUCGGCCCGAAUUUCCGACCGCCGAACGGUAAUUUUGGGCCAAAUCAACACUUCAGACCGAAUCCGAUGGCACCUUUCGCACCGAGCGCGCCGCCCGGACCAUUCAAUAACAAUUUCCCAGGGCCCCCGGGCUUUCACGGCCCGAAUUCCGGUAACUCGGGUCCACCGAAUUUCGACAGAGGGAAUUUUGGUCCCAAUUUCCGGGGACAGAAUCAAAUGCCUGGCGGUCCCAAUGGCGGCGGGGGAAGCGGAAGCGGCUUUAACAACGGCGGCGGUGGUUUCGGUAACAAUUUCGGUGGCGGUGGUGGUGGUGGUGGUGGUAGGAACGACAAAAAUGGACCGAAUCGCGGAAUGAACAGGUCUUCGAAUUACGACGAUUUUGACGAUCGUAACAACGCCUCGGGAAGAAACAAUUACAACAAUCGCGGUGGUAGAGGGAGGGACGGCGAUCAAUCGAGGGGUUCCAGGCAACGCGACAAUUACUGAAAUAACGACAAUGUGAACGAGGCGACAUAAAUAUGAACAGUGAAAAAGGCUUUUUACUGGAAGCUAACGAGACUUUCGUUUCUACCUCCGUGACGAAUUACGUGUUUAUGUCAAUGUACAUAACGCAAAAAGACAGAUUCCUUGAUCCGCUACAAUCGUGAUACCUCUGUACUGCAGAAAUUGUCAAACCUGAAAAUGGAAUAGGCACGAAUUCGGUUCGUGUGUGUGUUUACAUUCGAUUAUUGUAACUCUACAAUUUUAGAUCUAACAAGUGUGCGAUCGGAAAAUGAUGUUGGUGGAAAGAAGGACAGUAAAUGAGAAAAAAUAGAGAAGCUAUCUUUUACAGUCAUAUGUGAACGAACAACACUCCGUUGUUUAUUGCCGAAAUAUUAUAAGGAUAUCUCGGCACAAUCAAAGGGCAAGAACAUCCGGUUUCGACCCGGGAUCGAAUUGUAAUAUAUUAUACAGUCUAAUGAGAGAAAAAAAAACAAAACAAAAACAAGGAGAACUGCAGUGAAAAAAGGGACAAAAACGAAAAUAACACACGAUGAAUUAUUACUCCCCAGACAAAAAACUGGUUCACGAGCUGCCUUGGGAUGAAUUUCUUUUUUCGUUCGUUUGCUCCAAUGAAUUCACUAAAAUUAAUAUGAAACGACGACCGUAAUAAUUUUUCAGUGACCAAUGAAGUUGGUGAAGAAGGGAAAUAACGAUUGGUCGUUCGCUUAAACGAGCAAUGAGGAAUCAAUUUGAAAUGGGCGAAAAUUCGAAAAACUAUAAGCAGUUUACUUAAGAAUAAAAUCAAAUAACUCGGCAAA